ACAUGUUAAACUCGAUUGACAGCCAGCCCGAGCCUAUAAAACACCGCGUUAAAGUGGUGUGCGAUCAUUCUAGCUCGAGUGGACCUUAAGUGGUUUUUGGAAAACAUUUCAAAGCGCGAUAAACAUCGACAUGAGUGCGGGACGUUCGAUUCAAGCGAUCACGGCCACUCUACAUCUGCUUCUUCUGCUUGCUGUGGCGACGUGUGGUGUCAGCGCAAUUUGUUGGAGCUGCCUGCCAGAGAAUUUGACCGACGACGAAAUCGACAGGAUACUUGCCGAGGACUUCAAGAAACGAGUGCUUGAAACAAUGGGCCUGACGACGGAACCCGUUCUACCACCAAAUCUCAACCAACCACCACAGGAACUUCUUGAAGAGAUGUAUCCCCAAGAGAGCGACAACAUGGACGACGUAGAAAGCAAUCUGGAGUCGGAAACAGUUCUGCUAAAACCCCGAAAUAAUGACACAAGUGUUGGAGAGAACAUUUCGUUUUUCGAAUACAUCAUGAAGGACAAAAUCGACGGUUAUCGUGUUGAGCAUGCGUCGUUGUGGCUGCACCUGGACAAAGCGACUGAACAUUACGAUGUUUACGAAAAGAUCUCCAACCUUCCGCGACGUCUUAUUUAUGCGUUAAAAUACUCGCGAGAGACCGAUGGAAAAUGGCGAAAACUUAUUUUCCAACCAAGUGAAAUAUGGCGUGAUCAUCCGUGGAGGAAAAUGCGUAUCGAAUUGGAAGGAGUGAAGACGCCAGUUGUCGAGAAGCCGUUUUUACAAGUCAGCCUUAAAAAGAAAUCAAAGCGCAUCCAAAAACGAUCGCAAUCAUCCGAUACCACAACUUUAGACUGUCUUCCAAGCGAUAAAAGCCUCUGCUGCAAGCAUAAGCGAACCAUACAAAUCGCAAAAGUCUGGACUUGGGUUGUCUAUCCCAAAGUGUAUCAGGCGUUCACGUGCUCUGGUACAUGCACUCCACUGCAUCGCAACAACCACACGUGGACACACGUAUCGCAGCAGGCGAACCCACCGCGUGCGCCGUGUUGUGUGCCCACUGCAUUCACAGCCGUCAACGUUUUGACGCCUUCAAAGGACGGCACUGGCUUUGAAAAUAGGCUCAUUAAAGAUUUGCAAGUAAGUAAAUGCGGGUGUAGUUAAUGUCGAUGUGGAAUAUGAGUUAUGUCCUGCGGACGUGUGGUCUGUUAAUCAACGCAUUAAUAGAUAUGACGUAUACUUUAUAAGUUUUCUUGUUGGAUUGGUAGAAAUUAGAACGUUGUUCUACAGUAUUUGAACAAUUUAGAGCGAUUUUCUUUGAUUGGAACGAUUUUGACGCGGACAUAAAUAUCUUUUUUUUUGGCCGCCUAAGACAAUUCACCCAUGAAACGCGAUGGUUGAAAUACACUUUUAUUUGCAUAAGACUGUGCUGAUAAAAAAUAUUGGAUCCGCGACUUCUGGCUGUAUUGGCCAUUUUUUGUGUCGUGCCUUGAAGAGCUUGUGGAAACAACAAAAUUUGUUUAGAAUUGUUUGAAAUUCAAAGCAACAAGUUCUUCUGUUUCCUUCUCUGAGUAUAGUUGUAAAUAAAAAAGUCUCUUUAAAAUGCAGCAUUAUUGCGAAUGGCAAUAGCCAGCAAGACCACGAUCAACAGUAUUGUUUUUACCAUCGCUGAUUUUCUUCAAUGUGGUGAAUUUUUCAUCGGGGGAGAAAGAGAUAUUUAUGCUCCAUAAUUUCUGUCGACGCGUGAGACUAAAAUAACGCUUUUAUAGAUAUUUAGUUGUAGUCUACAACUACCUGAAUUCUUUGGAUGAUAUUUUCUCGUGUAAGAUUUAUAAAAAAUUUAUACGGUUAAACCGUGAAUGAUUUCAAAAGAUGUGGAUGAUAAUUACAAAGAGUGUGCAUGAAAUAUUUCUUGACGAAUACAUACAUGUGAGAAUAAUAAAUAAUUGUUUCGGCGUUCGUUCGCAUGGAAUCUUAUGAAUUGUAAAUGCUAUCAAUAUAUCUAUACAUAUAAAUGUAAUAUGAAUGUAGAAAUGUGAACACUUCUUAAUAAAUUCGCUGUCCUAUA